AUGACUUCUCACAUGGAUGUGAACGACACUGAAAUGUUUUCAGGUGCUGCGUCAAAUGCUAUUCCGACCUCGAUCUCAUCAUUCCAUCAUCAUCAUCACUUCAGGUCUCCAACUCUAUCUGUGACUAGCUCUCAUGAUGAUCAGAACAUUGACAGAAUAGUGCUGGAUCGGUCGGAGUCUGAGGCAAGUGAAUUUCAAGAAAGAUCUAAGUUUAGAUUUUUUAAAUCGGCAGAUAUAGAGGCCGCCAAAGGUGUCUCUUCCUUAGGAAGGUUUUCAUCGGAUAAUAAUCAUGAAUCGGUCAAAAUUGAUUACGAUACAAACUGGAACUCUUUUGCUGACGACUACUCGACAGACCACCUAAACGACACAGAAUUAGAGAGGACAGCAUUUUAUAAUUCCCACAAAAAACUGACUAGUGAUGACGGAUCUAACAGCAACAACUCUUAUGGCAGCAUCGGCGAGAAUCCUUAUAGUGAGUUUUUCAGAGGAGAUGCAGAACGUGAACUAGUGGCAGAUGAAGAGCAAGAUUUACAUAUUUAUGGAGAGCAGGAAGGAGAUGAAACUUUUGAAGAUAUGAUAACCAAGAAAGCGUGGUUGAAAACCAUGAAGCAACGUGAAUCUCUGAAAAUGCAUGAUAAGUUUUUCAAAAAGUUUCCGGCAAAAAACACUAGUCAACGUUUUUAUAUUGCGGAGGAGGACCUUGUUGCUGGUAUAGCUGGAUACCAGACCACCUAUUGGAAAUUGGCCAUAUACAACAUCAUAUGUAUUUUGACGCUAGGCUUGGCAGCCUUGAUAUGCAGAUGGGUUCCACGAUGGAGAAUAAAAAUGAUGGGCAAACCGGCACCUUUGGGUAAAGCAGAAUGGCUAGUUGUUGAGGAUGAAUAUGGCUCAAUGGAGAUACCGAAAGUUUCUAGAAAAUGGUACAAUAGAAAUUUAAGUACCUUCCUACCUCCAAAGAAAGGAAGCAUAAUGACUGGAAUAAGUCAUGCAUACACUAUUGAUGAUAUCGAUCCCAUUGUACCAAUUCUCAUAUCUUUUGAAUAUAGAUACAUGACGUUGUUUUACGAUCCGCUUGAUGACCUUUUCAAGCUAUCAAACAACUGGAUUGAUGAAAAGUGGUGUCACUAUCCAGAUAUUAAGGAUGGUAUUACAGAAUCAAACUACAGGUGUCGUAAAAUGAUAUUUGGUGAUAAUAUAAUUGAAAUAAAAGAAAAAUCAGUUUUGAAACUUUUGGUCGAUGAGGUUUUACACCCUUUCUAUGUCUUCCAGGUGUUUUCAAUAUUUUUAUGGCUAGCCGAUAGUUACUAUUAUUAUGCUUUUUGCAUUUUCUUAAUUUCUGUUAUUUCAAUCACAGAAUCGUUAAUUGAAACAGAGUCAACUUUGGAAAGAAUGAGAAAAAUGUCCAGGUUUGAAUGCGAUGUUAGAGUAUGGAGAAGUGGCUUUUGGAAAGAGAUAAAUUCCGAUGAUUUAGUGCCUGGGGACAUCUAUGAAGUGUCUGAUCCUUCGUUAUCCACCUACCCAUGUGAUUCAAUUCUUUUGACCGGUGAUUGUAUUGUUAAUGAAGCAAUGUUGACUGGAGAAUCGGUUCCAGUUUCUAAAUUGCCGAUUAGUCCAGAAUGUGUCAAAGAAUUAGAAAUGGAAUUCAAUGGUGCUAAGUUCUCCAACAGGUUUUCCAAAUCCUUCUUAUACAACGGCACCAAAAUUGUCAGAGUUCGAUACGGCUUAUCCGAAGGCUCUGGAGGAAAGGAACCUGCAACUGCCUUAGUCGUAAGGACUGGAUUUAAUACGACAAAGGGAGCUUUGGUUCGAUCAAUGUUGUUGCCUAAACCAACAGGAUUCAAAUUCUACGAAGAUUCGUUCAAAUACAUUGGAGUUAUGUCAAUGAUUGCGGGAGUUGGCUUUAUUUUCUCUACAAUAAAUUUUUUGAAACUAGGAUUGCCAUGGAAAGUUAUAGUGUUACGUGCAUUGGAUCUUAUUACAAUUGUUGUUCCACCUGCUUUGCCCGCUACUCUUACCAUUGGAACUAAUUUUGCUUUGAGCAGAUUGCGCCAGAAAAGCAUUUUUUGCAUUGCUCCAAUGCGUGUUAACAUUGGUGGUAAGCUAGACGUUUUAUGUUUUGACAAAACUGGUACUUUGACUGAGGAGGGGUUAGAUGUUAUGGGAAUACAUAUCUCUAACCCUAUUAGAGAUAGACAAGAACAUGAGUUCAGUGAAAUGCUUCCCUCAAUUUGUGACAUCUUGGAAAGUGAUAUUCCAAACUCGGAAAAGAUAUUCACAGCUAUGCUAACAUGCCAUUCGUUGAAAGUCAUAAAUGAUGAAUAUGUUGGUGACCCUUUGGACGAAAACAUGUUUCAAUUUGUGGGGUGGGAUAUGAUUGAAGACCCUCAUGAGAGCAGUAUUCUCAGCGAUUUCAUCGAGUCUAAAGUUCUAUUGACCUCUUCAUCACCAAUCUUAUUCAAGAAAGAUGGCGUACCAAGCCAUUGGAUUCAACUCAAAGAAUUUGAAUUUAUUUCCCAACUAAGAAGGAUGUCAACUAUUUGUAUCAAUUUUAGCAACAAUUACAGCCAAAGUCCACAAGAAAUAGAAGUUUAUGUUAAAGGUGCCCCCGAGGUAAUUGAAACCAUUUGCUUGAAGGAGUCCAUUCCCGCUAAUUACAACGAGCUUUUAUAUCAUUACACACAUAAUGGAUACAGAAUUAUUGCAUGUGCAUCCAAAAAGUUGAAAAAUCCAAGCAAGAAUCUCAAUGAUCUUUCCUUCAUCGGAAAAUUGAAAAGAGAAUCAAUUGAGUGUGACCUAGAAUUUAUUGGUUUUAUAGUUUUUGAAAACAAAUUGAAAAGUUCUACGACUGACACUAUUGAACAGUUGAGUGAUGCAGAUUUGAGAACAAUUAUGUGUACCGGUGAUAAUGUGUUAACGGCUAUCAGUGUUGGCAAAGAGUGCAGAAUAGUUGGAGAAGGGGCUAAAGUAUUUAUUCCUUCCUUUGACUAUGACAACUUUCCGAAGCAGUCUGAUAAUGAUGAACAUGCUGGUAUCGAUCGGCGUAUAUCAUCGAAUGGCAUUCCGCCCAUCAUCUGGACCGAAGCCGACAACCCCGAAUUGAUGUUGGAUAGAAUUACACUUGCUCCUCUCGAUAUCAACCAAGACAACAACUAUUGCUUGGCUGUUACCGGAGACAUCUUUAAAUUUAUUCUGACAGAGUUGGCUCACAUGGAAUUCUACAUUGAGACUAUUCUUAUGAAAAGUUCGAUAUUUGCAAGGAUGUCUCCAGAUGAGAAACAUGAACUAGUCAGCCAAUUACAGAAACUCGAUUACACUGUUGGGUUUUGUGGCGAUGGUGCAAACGAUUGUGGUGCCCUCAAGGCUGCUGAUAUCGGUAUUUCAUUGAGUGAGGCUGAGGCAUCUGUUGCAGCCCCAUUUACUUCUCGUAUCUUUGAAAUUUCUUGUGUUCUGGAUGUCAUCAAAGAGGGCAGGGCAUCGUUGGUUACCAGUUUUUCAUGCUUCCAAUACAUGUCACUAUACUCUGCAAUCCAAUUCAUUUCGGUCUCUAUUUUGUACAAGGAAGGGUCAAAUCUAGGAGAUUUUCAGUUUUUGUACAUUGACUUAGCUCUUAUUAUCCCAAUCGCGGUAUUCAUGUCAUGGUCAAAAUCCUAUUCAGUGAUAGUCAAGAAGAAACCUACCGCCAAUCUAAUCUCUCCUAAAAUUAUCAUACCGUUACUGGGCAAUAUUAGCAUACUUCUGGCAGGCCAACUUUUGGUAUGGUUUAUAAUCAGACACAAAAAUUUCCCAUGGUAUAUUAAACCUAUUCCUGGUUCUGAUGAUCAGGUGCAAAGCACGGAUAACACCACACUAUUCUUCUACUCAAACUUCCAGUACAUAUUGAUCGCAUUAAUGCUAACUGUGGGCCCACCAUAUAGAGAACCAGCCAACAAAAAUGUACCAUUCAUUUUGACAAUUGCCGUCACGUUGUCGUUUUCGAUGAUUCUAAUGCUUGUUAACCCGGCUUCGUCAUUUGGGCAGUUGAUGGAUUUAACAUGGAUGAGCAGUGGCUCCAAACUGGGCCUUACUAUAGGUGCAUUUGUCAAUUACUUCAUCUUAGAGGUUGGUGAUAAGUAUGUUUUCUUGCAAUUAGCUCAAGUUUUUAAAAGGUUGGUGAAAAGAAAGGGAAGCAACAAAAAGUUCAAGAAGUUGAAAAGAGAAUUCAGAAAGCUAGUAUAG